UUACCACCUACGUAAAUCUGCACGAUGCAAAAAACAAAAAAAAAAGGUGCGAGAGUUUACGGCUUUUCUCGCGAGAGUGACGGGCGUGGAGACGGGAGGGUAGAGGUAGGCUGUCUAGAUUUGAGUUUGUCUUCCUCUGAGAAAGCAGGGUCAUUUUGCGAGGAAAGCAGGCGUUCAGUGAGAAGUAAGAAAGCUGGAUGUGUGAACGUGUGGGGGGGUGAAGCUCCGGAAAGCCGCUUUAAUGUGAGCAUGGGCGGCGUUUUCCGCCUGUGGUCUUCCCGAGGUAGGAAACAGCUUCCAUAUGUGGGGAGAGAGAUCGGACUGUUCAUGCAAACUCAGGCACCAAGUCCAGUGCAUGCAUAAAACAGCAUUUUAUUCUUUAAAUAUAAUCUCCACUCGUGUUUUCCACACGAAUAUCACCGAGAUGCGGUGGAGCGUCCGGAACGACCCGUGACCCCCUGCAGCGACACUUCCCUCCUGGGCCAGCAGGUCGGGUCAGGCAGUCCACUUUAGGAGGAACAACAAAGAGAAAUCACCCCAUGCAUGGACAUCAAACCACCGGGGAUUAAAUACAAUGUGAAGAGAGGGCGUGGAUGAGGCACAGGCCAAAUUCCACAGUGAUGGGACACGACAUGUGGGUUUAGGUCACUUCUUGAUGCCCCGUCUCCCUCGGUCCCUCCUUUUGUGUUCACCGACAUGGAUAAACUCACGGUGAUAUCAGGAUGUCUCUUUCUAGCUGCGGACAUCUUCGCUAUCGCCAGCGUUGCCAACCCGGACUGGAUCAACAUCGGAGAAUCUGGCGGCUCUUUGACUUUGGGUCUCGUCCGGCAGUGCCAGACCAUCCAUGGCCGAGAUCGGACCUGCACCCCCCCACGGCUGCCGGGAGAAUGGAUCACCGUGCUGCUCUUCAUCAUCCUGGGCAUCAUCUCCCUUACAGUCACCUGCGGUCUUGUUGUGAUGUCACACUGGCACCGAGAGGCCAGCAGAUACGCCCGUUGGAUCGCCUUCACGGGGAUGAUCCUGUUCUGUAUGGCUGCGUUCAUUUUCCCAAUUGGAUUCUACAUCAACGAGGUUGGAGGACAGCCAUAUAAGCUGCCCAACAACACAGUGGUGGGCUCCUCCUACGUACUCUUCAUUCUGUCUAUAUUCUUCACCAUAGUGGGACUGCUGUUUGCCGGGAAGGUGUGCCUGCCUGGCUGACAAACUCACAUUCUCUUUUUAAACGCAUAAAAAAUCCGCCACCACUGGAAGCCAACGUCGUCAGAGCGAACUCUUCUGCGGCAGAGCUGGAAGCGUCGCUGAAAGCUGAGAAGUACCUGUCUUUCCCUCGCCGACGAAUUGUCGCAACCGGAGCCAAAACCGCUGCGGUCCAUCUGUGCAUGUGUUUGUUCAGAGGCCGAGCAGGUGCAGGGAGCUCUGAAACGGCCCUCGUUGUCUUCCUUCCUGAACAAGAAGCAGGGCAGUGAAAAGAAAACAGAUUAUAAAAUGGCAAAAGUGACAUGUGAGCUUUUGAGGAAUUUAAGAGGGUCAUUGUAAACGUCUGAGCUGUCAUCCUAAAAAUUCACGACAGGCGACGGAGAGCUGUUGUCCUUCUCAUCUGAACCAUCAGGGACGAUUUGCACACUGAUGUUAUUUCGACAUGUCAGGCCUGAUAGCAGUCUGAGGCCCUGAUAUUGGCCAGUCAACCUCUGUAUGAUGUCUGUUCUUCCCCCAAGCACUGCUACAAAAUAAUAUAAGCUGCAUUACUUUUAUUUAUAUGAUAGAUUUGGAAGUGUAUGUUUUAAAAGGCCAGCUUCUCUGCCAGUGCUAUGUGGAGUGGAUCAUAUUGCCUGGAGGAUGGUUUACUGUAAUGGAAUAAAUAUAAAGUUCAUGAUACAAGAAGUCAUAAAAUGCUAUUUCUGAGUGGAAUGUAAAAUGGGCUAUUAGCAACAGCUGCCUAAAGUUUGUAAUGCUUUACUCUGUGAAACGUGUCUGCACUGAAGGAAGAGGAGCUGUCGAAAGAUGUCAGAGUUUUAAGCUUUUAACAUUGUGAAUAAUCAGUGAGGAAAAGGUCAAGCCUGUUGUGGUUCUGUUAGUUUUACUAAUCUUAUUGAUGUAGUAAACUGAUUUUUCACCUUUUUUUUUAAAUAGAAUAUUUUAUGGAUUAAACACAGUGCAAAGAAUGAUUGAGUCAUUGACUUGUUUUAUUCGUUUGUAAUGCUGAUGCCUGUGUGUGUGUCUGUGCCAUUUUUUUUCAAAUCACUGAUGUUUGUAAUUGCUCAUGGAAGGUGUCAUCUCAUUAAAAUCAAGACACGGGAAUACCCA